UAAUAAAAUUGCACGCAGUUUUAUUUGGCGUCUCUAGCAAGAAACAUUAUUAGUUUGAAUAUAUUACAAGAUAUUUCUUUUCAAAAUGUAUCAAUUAUUGUUAUAUAUUUUAAUUUUAUUUGUAAGCGUAAUUUUAAGUCUCUAUGUAUAUUUGACUUGGCAUUUUGAUCAUUGGAUUAAACGUAAAAUACCGGGACCUAAACCUUUGCCCUUGUUUGGUACUUUUCCGGGUAUGGUUAAUGCUAAAAGAAAUUUUAUUUACGAUUUGGAUGAAGUUUAUAGACAAUUUAAAAAUAAGGCCAAAUUUGUGGGCGUAUUUGUUACCCGAAAUCCCCAGAUAAUGAUAUUGGAUCCGGAAAUAUGUAAAGAUAUUUUGAUUACAAAUUUUAAAAGUUUUCAAGAUAAUGAAUCAUCUCAAUGGAUGAAUCGCAAAAAAGAACCCAUUUCGGGCAGUAAUCCCUUUGCUUUACCAGCAGCUGAUUGGAAAAUAAAACGAGCCGAAAUUGUGCCAGCUAUGACAAUGUCUCGAGUAAAAGGCAUGUUUUCAAUAGUUGAGGCCAUAUGCAAGAAAAUGAACAGAUAUCUGAAACAUAUAGUAGAAACUGGACAAACAACUAUUGAUGCUAAAGAUAUCGCUUUACACUUUACCGGCGAGGUAGUGGCUGAUGUUGGUUGGGGCAUAGAGGCUGGUAAUUUUGUUAUAGAUAAUGCUAAUCUCGCUAAGGAGGACACGCCCUUUUUAAGCAUGUCCAAACAGUUAAUAGCGCAAACUUUCAAUGCUUUUAAAUACUUUUUCAUUGCCGGUAUAUUUCCCAUAGUGCGUUAUUUAGUCUAUGUACGAUUUUUCCCCGAAAUUACCGAUCGUUUCUUUUUGCAAUUAACCAAAUCAGCUUUACAAAUAAGAAAAUCAAAUGCCAAUAAUAAUAGGCAAGAUUUUCUGCAGCACAUGAUGGAGUUGCAACAAAAGAAGGGCAUAAGUGAAACAGAAAUUGUGGCUCAUCAGUUGACACUAUUAUUUGAUGGUUUCGAAACCUCGGCUACUUUAAUCAGUCAUUGUCUAUUGCUGUUGGCACGUUAUCCUGAAAAACAAGAAAAACUACGUUUGGAAAUACAGCAACAUUUUGAGGCUCAUGCAAAUACUUUCGAUUUUGAUGAGUUAGUUAAACUACCCUAUUUGGAACAAUGUCUAGCAGGUAAGCUUUUUUCAAAUAUUUCAAACAUAAAUCAAGCUGCAUUUAUCUUCUUACAAAAGCGAAAAGAAAGUAAAAAUAUAAAAUGUAUAUCUUCCGGUGGUAUUUACUUUGUGUGUUGCAUUUUAGAAACUUUGCGCAUUUUUACUCCUUUACCAUAUAUGGCAAAAGUCUGCACCCAACCUUGUGAGCUGCUUAACAAUGAUGGAGUUUCCCUGCAAUUACAACCUGGAGAUGUUUGUCUCAUACCCUUGCACUCGUUGCAUCAUGAUGAAGAGUAUUAUCCACAGCCGGAAGUGUUUGUGCCAGAACGUUUUGAUGAGGAAAAUGGUGGCACCAAAAAGUACAAAGAUAUGGGUGUCUAUUUACCAUUUGGUGAUGGUCCAAGAAUAUGUAUAGGUAUGAAAUUUGGCUUGUCUCAGGCAAAAGCCGCAGUUGCCCAGGUAAUUAAACAUUUUGAAUUAACGGUUAAUGAAAGAACACGCAAGGAUAAUUAUCAGGCUGCAGAUGGUUUUAUCAUUGGUUUAGAUGGUGGCAUAUUUCUAGAUAUAAAGGCUUUGUAAGGGUCGUAUAUAAUUAGAAUACCAGUUGUAAUGGUAUUUAUUAUUAGUAUUAAAAUUAAUUAAGCCUUUUUCGUAAUUGUCAGAAAUUAGUAUUUAAAAAUGUAUAUUUUAUAGCAAAAAUUUAAUAUGUAAAAUGAAAUAAAAAUAUUUUAUUGCUAAUAAAAGAAUCUUAUAUUAAU